GAACCAUCGAAAAAAUUAGUCUGCCUUGUCUCGUGAAUUUUUGGACAAUUAUUGGUUGGACAAUUGGUUUUCUUAACUCUGUUCCGGUUCAUUGAGUGAAAAGUCUUAAAUCCUUAAAAUGGGUUGUUGUGGUUCUUGUGGCACGAGAAUAGCCUUCCUUUGUAUAGCCAUUUGGUCAAUUGUCCAAAGUAUCGCUUAUAUAACGGGCUCAGUUCUUGGGAUACUAGCUUUCAAUUGUGAGAUAGAUAUUAGUUGGACUCAGAUUAAGUACUUCAUUUACCUCCUUUACUUCAGACAUUCCAAAUGUGACCAAGAAUACAUUGAUUGGAAUGCUUUGGGUAUUUAUCCUACCCCAGAGACUGAAAUUGCUCUGCCCAUAGUCACAGAAGCUGCGGAAAGAACACAAAUUAUUCUGCUUACUUAUCUUAUCUCAAGCGUCCUGUGGAUUGUGGCAUCAAUAAUGAUUAUCGUGGGUGUAUUUUUUCCAUGCUCGGGGCGAUCGACACUUAGGUUCUUCAGCUAUCCAUGGGUCAUUGUUUGCUUCCUAAUCCUAAUCCAGGAUGCAGUUGCUACAUACUACCAUGUUGUGGAUAUCAUAGACACGAAGGAUGUUAUGUCUUUGAUCAACUUCUUGGAAAUCCCCUACAGCACAGAUUACUAUUUCUACUUCAGUGCAAUUCCUAAGCACAUCUUGUUUAUCCCUGGCCUUAUGAUGUCCCUUCUAUCCAGUCGAGGAAUCAUUGUCUGGUUUAUCAAUCUCUCUACUCUGUUCUACAUGUCCAUGGCAAUUAGAAGGCUUUCCAAGGAAACUCAUACUCCACAAAUCGUUGGUAAUCAGCAAGUGCAGCCAGUAAAUCCUACAAUUGUUACUACAACACAACAGCAGCAGGUCUAUCCUGUCCAGAAUCCUGUGGUUCAGCCGAUACAGCACCAAAACCUGCAACAACAAAGCGUGUAUCCUUCCUUGAUGAAUGUCGAGGCAGGUCCUUCAAAAUCAGCAUAUUAAUCAAAAUUAAUAUUCAAAAUCUAAAAAUCAUUUGUAAAUAAUUCAUUGAAAUCAUUGCACAAUACCUGAAUGUAUCACCAGUAUUAUCAUUUGAAGAUAAAUUUAUGUUCGUUAUUAUUUUAAGUAAAUUUUUAUAACUGAAACUGAUCUUGAGAUUUUAAAUCCAACUAUCAUUUCUAGUCCGAAAUAAAUAUAGAAAUAUUUACAAAA